UUAACCGGCGUCGUUUCAAUCCCAUCCCCUUGUCGGCUGUCUCUCUGCUCUGCUGGUAUCUGUUUCGGUGAAAGAGUCAAAAGAGAGGAGGAGAAGAAGAAGAAAAAUGGAUCCUCGAAUGUGGCACCGAGUUGCUGCUGUUUCUGGUGUUGCGGCACUUGGGUUAGGAACCUAUGGUGCUCAUGUGUUUAAGCCUAAAAACCCCGCUUACAGAGAGGUUUGGCAAACUGCUUCGAUUUACCAUCUUGUUCACACCGCAGCACUUCUUGCUGCACCGAUCACCAAACACCCCAAUAUUUUCGGAGGUCUUUUGACUACUGGAAUUAUUGCUUUCUCUGGAACGUGUUAUGCUGUGGCACUCCUUGAGGAUAGAAAGUACUCUUCCUUAGCUCCCUUUGGUGGAUUUGCAUUCAUAGGUGCUUGGGCAAGCUUGCUGUUAUAGUGGAUUGGACUAGCAUACUCGCAUGGGACUGGACAGAUGCUCAAGCAUUCUAUUUACCAAUCUCCUUUCAUUAAUUUCCAAAGGUUUAUUUUCAGACCUUGUUGUAUCCUUCUACUAUGAAUAGUUGAGACAUGGAAACUGGGAUUCUAUUGUUACUUUGUGUGUUACUGCUGUAGUAUGUUUAACGUUCUUGGAAAGAAACGUGCCCAAGAGAUUGGCCGGUUGAAACUUGAACUGUCAAUAGUUUACUAUUGCAACAAGAUUGUGG